AUGAUGAUACCGGCCAGGCUUUUCUUCUUUGAGUACAAGACGGUAGAACAACGAAAGAACAUAAAGUCGCCCUCAGAUUCAACCCAGCCUGAAGUUUUCACCUUAGGACUGACCGUCUCUUAUGUAACUUCGCGAAAUCCAGCCUCCCAUGCUACCAGACUCGCGAAAUCCUGCAUAUUGCUCAACACCACACGGUGGGCGAAAAAUUACAUAACAUCGAAUCUCAAAUUUUGCACGCAUAAAAACUCGAUCCUGAGCAAACCCACCGCUACUCCCUGUUCUCCGCACACAUACCUAUCCACCAUGUCCGAAGAAGUCAAGGCUGCCUCCCCAACUCCAGAAGUUGCUACCCCACCAACCUCCAACGUGUUCUCCAUGUUCGGUGCCAAGAAGGCGCCAAAGGCUGACGAGGCCAAGGAAGAAGACGUCAAGGAAGAGUCCGGUGCUAAGAAGGCCGAAGACGAUGACGAGGAAGCCCCAGAGUCCCCAGAUGUGCACUUUGAGCCAUUGGUCAAGUUAGAAAAGGUUGAAAUCAAGACCAACGAAGAGGACGAAGAGGUUACCUUGAAGGUCAGAGCCAAAUUGUUUAAGUUCCACUCGGAAGCCAAGGAAUGGAAGGAAAGAGGUACCGGUGAUGUCAAAUUCUUGAAGCACAAGGAAUCCGGUAAGACUAGAUUGUUGAUGAGAAGAGACAAGACCUUGAAGAUCUGCGCCAACCACUUCAUCUCCCCAGACUACGAAUUGAAGCCAAACGUUGGUUCUGACAGAUCUUGGGUUUACUCCGUUACCGCCGACAUUGCCGAGGGUGAACCAGAGGCCCAGACCUUGGCUAUCAGAUUCGGUUCCAAGGAAAAUGCCGACAACUUCAAGGCUGAGUUCGAGAAGGCCCAAACCGCCAACAAAGCUUAAGCAUCCCCGUUAGUAAUACGUUUUAUGGUGUAUAUGUAUGAAAUAUAUCUCCCUAUUGAACUGGGUGUUAUCUGUAAACGUAGACUCGGUAGGGAUUAGCAGAAACACUGAUAUCCAAGAGAGAACAUGAGCGAAACUGACGGGACCCUUUGGUGAGGCUUUUAGAAAAUUAAAUGCUUAAAAAAGCUUGGGGGAAUUUAUGUGCUCCCUACCGAGGCACUAUCCCCCCGUUCCCUGUAUUAAUAUCUACAGACCUGAGACUAUACUAGAGCGUAAGAAAACGUCAUGGCUGAGGUGGCAGUAAGCUAUACGGGCAAGCCUUGGGAUACAAGGUAUCACGUCCCCGUUGUCACAGUAUUUUUGCAAUACAAGAUACCUUUCCCCAAAUCCCUUCAUCCCCGAUGAUUC